UCGUGUUCUAUAUCUGCCGCCAGGAGGCGGUGAUGAACGGAGGACUCAUACUGUAUUCAUACAAAGAUCGAAGAAGAAGAAGACGAACCGAGGCUGAUAUAAUCAGCCAAAAUGAUCGGAGAUCUUUUAAUUUUUGGCACUCUGCUCAUGAACGCCGGCGCUGUGCUCAACUUUAAACUAAAGAAGCGAGAAACGCAGUCUCAAGGGUUUGGCGAUGAAUCUGGAUCGUCCAGCACUGGUGACAACAUCAGAGAGUUUUUGCUGAGUCUGCGGUACUUUCGCAUAUUCAUUGCUCUUUGGAACAUUUUCAUCAUGUUUUGCAUGAUCUUGUUAUUUGGAUCAUAGAUUGCCGUUACGUUGAGGAUCACUACAGACACAAAAGAGAAUUAUUGCAGCAUUGGGUGGAUUUAUUGUAAUGGGUUUUUUUAGUGUGGGAUGUCUUGAAGUCUUAUACAUAAUAUUAUCCAAACGUCUUAAGACAUCUGUAUAUUUUGUACAAAAGUGUGAAUGAUUGAUAUUGCUUUUACUAUCUGUGAAUCAAAUGGGGACAGAACACAUGGGAACUACACUUUUGUUUGAAUA